ACAAGUUCACUAUUGACAAAACAAUGUAACAUACAGGCAAUAAUAAUUAAUAAAUGUUAUUAAAAUAGUAAUAAUUACGUCACAAUACAAUGGAGACUAGACUUAGAUGUAGUUAUUUAUUACAUAGAAGUGUGUGUGUGAACGAUAGUCUAAGAAGUAAAGUGCAUUUAUUUUAGAAGUGAAUUAAUAUCAUCACACCAUGGCCUUCCCAGACAGUACAAGAAAUAAUUUAAACUUAAAUACGCUGACCAGCAGCCUUAAUAAAUAUUUUAUUUGUGAUCAUUGUGGUAGGAUAAUGCUUUACCGAAGUAUAGCGGUGAAGCAUCUUAAAUCCUGUAUGCUUACUACAACGUGUUCAUGGUGUAAUAUUAAAUUUAAGAACCGUGGUAAUUUAGUCAGGCACAAGUUUUACGUUCACGGAGACAAGAGUGCAAUAAAACCCGUUCUAAACAACGGAUGCCCGGUCUGCCCGCUACAUUUCCGCACCCCCGAAUGCUUGAAGUAUCACAUAAGGAGCAUACAUUUCAAUUUGAAAACAAAAACCAAGUCGUAUGACGAUAAGAAAAUCAACCAGAUAUGGCACGAAAAGGUAUUCAAUACAUCUAAAAUAGUCGAAAUUAAAAAGGCUGCACACAACUUGUUCCUAAUACGCAAACUGGAAGAUGACACCGAAGUUACAGUGCAGGAAUGCGAUAGGGUCCUGGACCUAAGCGAUCUGUAUCCCACCAAUAAGCGGUCCAGUGUAGGUAAAUGCCGGAUAUGCUUUAAGUCAAUGCUGAAGAGGGAUCUUAAGAAGCAUUACGACGAGCGACACAUGCGAAUACAGAAGCACACGUGCAACAACUGCGACAAAACGUUCAAACGGUCCGUGCUGUUCGUGAGACAUGUAUGCAACAAACUGGGAAGCAGGAGGCGAAAGUUGAUACUAUAAUUCGAUUAUUUAUUUAUUUUUAUUACACAAACUACUAAAAUUAUUAUUCUUCGCAUCCUGAAACUCAUAUGAGUUCAUUUGGACGCUGCAUAUUCCUCUAAAAUCUAAUGUCAAAGUCAAAGUCAAAUAUUUCUUUAUUCAAAUAGGCACAUAGAUGGCACUUUUGAUGCGUUAUUAUAUAC